AUGGACGGAACCAUGGAACAUUAUUUUUCCCUUUCUCUUCACAUUUCAAACUGUGUUACUAUAAAACUCACUGAACAAAAUUAUAUCAUUUUGAAGUCUCAGUUUGAAUCAUUUCUGCGCACUCAAGCCCUUCUUGGCUUUGUCAAUGGAGCUGUCAAACCACCUGCUGAGAAGAUUCCUAUUCGCAACAACAAUACUGGCAGAACCGAAGACAUACUCAACCCAGAUUUUGAAAGCUGGUCCAGAUCUGAUCAAGUAGUUAAGGCAUGGCUGCUUGGCUCCAUGACAGAGAACGUUCUGCGACUGGUGGUCGGCUCUGCAACUGCUCAAGAGGUAUGGGAAACCUUAAUCUCUCACUUUAACCGGACAUCAUCCUCUAGGCUAUUUGAGUUACAAAGACGUCUGCAAAAUGCUGAUAAACUAGAUAAAAGCGUGUCAGACUACCUUAGAGGAAUCAAGGAUAUUUGUGAUCAACUAGCUUCUAUAGGAGACCCGGUUAGUGAAAAGAUGAAGAUAUUUGCAGCUUUAAGAGGCUUAGGUCGUGAGUAUGAGCCGAUUAUCACUGUUAUUAAGGACUCAAUGGAUCGAUUGCCUGCACCUACCUACGACAAUGUGAUAUCUCGUCUUACCGGAUAUGAUGAUAGACUCCAAGGUUACUCUGUCUCCGCUGAUGUCUCACCACACUUGGCUUUCAACACUAUGAGAUCGUCUAACUACUCAAACAGAGGACGUGGAAACAGAGGUAGAGGACGAGGUAGUUACUCCACCAGAGGUCGUGGCUUUCACCAACAAUUUUCAUCCUCCACAAGCUCACCUCGACCUGUCAGCACAAAUGAGAAUCCGGUUUGUCAAAUCUGUGGGAAAAGAGGACACAAUGCUUUUGAGUGUUGGUAUAGGUUCGACGAAGAAUAUCAACAACCUGCAAUCAAUGCAGCAGCUUUCUCUGCUCUCCACAUUACUGAUGUUACGGAGGACAACAGUUGA